CGGAUGUCCCCAAACCCUAGCAUUUCACACCCACAGAUAUUCUUCAUCCACUUGACUCCAAGGACCCGCCUACACGUGUUUAGUCUUUCCCUGCGUUAUUCCGAUUCAUUUUCCAUUGCAGGUUCAGUGUUUUAACUAACCUUAUAUGGACCAAUCCGACUGGCGAUGGCUUCCUUUAAUGCUAGUGCUUCUAGUCGUGCAGCAUCCAUGAGCCUCUCAUCUCCAUCAACUCCUGCGCUCCUCCAUGACCAACACAUUGGAGCCCUCUCAACGAGCCAGCGGUGAACAACUAGCCUACUGCAUGCCAGGAUUAAUUAUUAGUUUGGCUUGAAUUAACCCAAAGGACACAGCCUGAAUAUCAUCUUAACCUCAUUUUGAAAUACUGUCCUCUUGUUCAGUUAUACUGGUUCAGCACAGCAGCAGGGAAAAAACCGAACUCCUGUUUACAGCGCGCACCACAGACUUUCUCACACCAUGUCGUUCAACAACACAAAGAAGGGCUUCUCUGUAAAGGACCUUCUGGAUCUUCCUGACACCAAUGGAGGUUCUGGAACGGAGGAGACCGAGGAUGAGAACGAGGAGGAAACUAGUGAGAUUAUGACGCAAAAUCCAUCUUUUGAAAACGCUGGAAAUGUGCCCUGUAAGAGCCUUUUGUGUGAUGGUGGUGGCAAUUCCUACUCAAGAUGGCUUGCUUCCUCCAACAGCAUCCAAUAUUCAUUGCAUGGUUUGUCAGUUGAUUCUCGAAACGAACCGAAAUCUCCAGAGCUGUCCGUUGACGAAUCCCAAGAUAUCGACAGAGAUAGCAGCGACUCUGGAAAGAAGAGGAAAAGGAGGGUGCUGUUUUCCAAAGCGCAAACAUAUGAACUAGAGCGACGAUUCCGACAACAGAGAUAUCUCUCUGCGCCCGAGAGGGAGCACCUUGCCAACGCACUACGACUGACACAGACCCAGGUGAAGAUCUGGUUCCAGAAUCACCGGUAUAAAAUGAAGAGAGCACGCGCUGAGAAGGGUAUGGAAAUGGUUCAUCUCGUGUCCCCAAGACGCGUGGCCAUUCCGGUUUUGAUUCGGGAUGGAAAACCGUGUGACACUAGCAAGACUCAGGAACUUGAGGCCUCGUUCAGGGCUGGAAUACCUCUCUCGGCGUAUAGCGCCUAUUCUCUCCAUCACAUGCAUAUGCGCUCUCACUACAGCCCCGACGCCAUGUCACAACUGCCCAGUCUGCAUCACUUGGCGCAAAUGUACCAAUGGACUUGGUAGUGGAUGGAUAGGCCUACUUCAAAUAACUUUCAAAAAUAUAUAUAUACAACUUUUCCUGAUUUUGAUUGAAAUUAUUUUACUCACAUCAAAGCUGAUUAUGGGGUGGCCCAUGAGGUCUGGACAAUGUUACGCCUCGUGAGAUUCCGUUAGUUUUAUAAUGUGUGCUAAAUUAAUGUUAUAAAUAAAUGUUAUUUCUGUUGUAAAGUGCUCAUAUUAUGAAUUAAUUUAUGUUUUUUGGUGGACUGUGUAUUUAACUUGAAUAUUUAUGGCCGUGAAUAAACCUUUGCUAGUUUGAUGUGGUUAUUAUUCAUUUAUUAAACUACAUUAAAUUACUUUACACAGGUCCAAUAAGGGGAAUCGAACAGACACUUCAUUUAGGGUAACUUGUUAAUUAUUUGUGAAAAUUGUUAUAUGCGUAUAGAUGCCAUUACGCACAAAACUAGAUGAAUACGAGUCACUUUUUUAAAAGUAGCAGAUCGUGCAAAACAUGUUUUAUGUCUUCCUGUAUCUAAUUCGGUUCAGGUGUGUUAUAGAAUCACAAAGGAAAAAUAGAAGCAACCCUGAAGUGAAUCUCUAUCACAAACACAGUCUUGUCAAAAGUAGAAACGCCUUAUGCAUAUGCCUACAACAAAUAGGCCUAUUUUGCUAUAUUUUCCUUAGGUUUCCAGAUUGAAAAGGAUGUAUGGCUUAUUAUAGGAUUGCAUAUGUAUGGAUAUUAAUACAUUCUGAAGUUAGAAAAUACAAAGCAUCCUCUGUUGUAAUUAUAUAAAAGUCCCAUUUGACUUUCUCAAUUCCUAU